AUGAUUGAUUCUGAUUCAAACGAUGAUAAUGAUAAAAAUAAUUCAAAUAAAUCAAAAGGACAUAAACUAGCUACCAAAUUAAGACGUGCUAAUUCAGUUGAUUCAAUACCGCCUCAAGCCGCAAGACCUAUAUCUCCAAUAAAAACACCAUUUGAUACAAAAAUAAUUCAAGAUCUUUUAGUUUCUUCAGCUUUAAAUGUUUCAAAUUCUGCUAAAAAAAUGCCUUCAGAUUCUACUCAUCCUCCUUUAAAUAUAAAAUUACUUGGUGAUAAUUUUAGAAAAUUUGUUCAAAAAUGUGGUUUCAUUUUCGUUAUUCAAGAUUUUGCUGAAGAUAUAUUUUUAUGGAAAAAUCCACCGGAUACAUUAUUAGCCAUGAUUCGUAUUAAAUUUAAACGAUUCAAGCAAUUAAAUAAUUAUCUUCCGGCAGAGAAUUCGGUUGAUUAUAUGAAAAAUAUGCAAAAUAUUCAGAAUCUAAUGGGAUUGAUUUCGGAUGGUUAUGAUGUAGUGGUUGAUUUGCUUAAGCAUAUUGAUUGGAGCAAUGAAUAUGAGACGUUGAUGAUAACGCAGGUUGUAAUAGUGGUUUUAAUAGUGGCUAGUUUGACAGUAUGGAUCGUGCCUUGGAAAUAUGUGUUUAUUUUUUGUGGAUUAGGAACGUUUAUUGUUAAUGCACAGUUUGUGAAAGCAUUAACCAAGGAAGUGGGACCUGUUAUCCUGCAACACUUCAAACUUUUAGUUGAGAAAUGGGAAGAUUAUUUUCAUAUUGAUGAGAAAACCGAAAAUGGUAAUAGUGGAUAUGAAGGAGAAACUGAUUCUUCAAUUGAGAAUUGGGUCAAUCUAAACCACGAUGAAGUUGACAAUGGUGUUGGAAGUUCUUCGAAAAGUUAA